AGGGUUUUUAACAUCAGCUAGCCUUCCCAGAUUCUCUUCCGCUCCGACUUUAGGGUUUUCAGACCAUUUCAUUUCUCCUCUCUACUCUCUUCACCCUUCGCCUGUCUACUUUCUCUCUCUAAUCUAUCCCUGUUGUAAGAUCUGUAGAACUAUGGAGUUAAGCAAAAACUAGUGCUUCGUGGUUUCGACUGCUACACUUAUAUAUUUAUCUAUCUAUCGGUAUAGAAAAUGGCGAGCACAAACCUGUUCGAUCUGCUCGCAGACGAUGACAACGACGACCCGAGCCAGCUCAUCGCUGCCCAGCAGCAGAAAAUCGCGGCGGCGCCGAAGAAAGCCCCGGCGGCGGCGCAGCCCGCCGCCGCCGCUCAGCCGGCUAAGCUGCCUUCCAAGCCUCUCCCUCCCUCUCAGGCUGUGAGGGAGUCAAAGAAUGAUGGUUCUCGAGGAGGGGGUCGUGGUGGUGGACGUGGACUUGGCCGUGGACGUGGCGGAGGUGGAUUUAAUCGAGAGAGAGACACAACCAAUAGUGAUAAUACUUUCGGAAGCGACAAUGGCUUUGGAGGUUACAAACCCUCAGAAGAAAGAGAUGCUGGCAAGUCUUUUGAAAGACGAGGAGGAUAUGGUGCCCCUCGUGGUGGUUUCCGUGGUGGUCGUCGUGGAGGUUUCGACAAUGGAGAAGUUGUGGAAGGUGAACGUAUGCGGAGGCCAUAUGAACGUCGCAGUGGCACCGGACGCGGGAAUGAAAUCAAGCGGGAUGGUGCUGGUCGUGGGAAUUGGGGAGCUCCCACUGAUGAAGUUGCGCCGGAGACUGAAGAACCUGCCACUGAAAAUGAGAAGAAUGUGGCUGCUGAAAAGCCAGAUCCUGAAAAGCAGUCGGGAGAGGAAGAUGCUGGAGAUGUCAAGAAGGAGAAUCCUGUGAAUGAGCCUGAAGAGAAAGAGCCUGAAAAUAAAGAAAUGACUCUGGAUGAGUAUGAGAAAGUACUUGAAGAGAAGAGGAAAGCUUUGCUAGCACUGAAGACCGAGGAAAGGAAGGUUUCCAUGGACAAAGAUUUGGUAUCAAUGCAACUGCUAUCAAGCAAGAAGAGCGAGGAGGAAAUCUUUGUGAAAUUGGGUUCUGACAAGGAUAAAAGAAAAGAUGCUGCUGAGAAAGAAGAGAAAGCUAAAAAGUCUGUCAGCAUAAACGAGUUUCUGAAGCCUGCUGAAAGCGAAAGGCACAAUGGCUCGGUAGGUCGUGGCAGAGGUGGUCGCGGUCGUGGUCCAAGAGGAGGAUUCAGCGGUGGUGGCGGCAACAUGUCUUACAGUAUCGCUGCCCCAGCCAUUGAUGAUGUUGGGCAGUUCCCUUCCUUGGCUGCCAAGUGAGGGUCGGUCCUAACUUUCUCAAUUGCUUUGGUUUUAAUGCCUGUGUUUGGUGUCUUCAAUUUUCACUUUUAUGGAUUAUUGGAUACCCUUUUGUAUUAGGGCUUUAGGAGCGUUUUGAUAUUUUGGAUUAUGUUGUUGAAUCAGUUUUGAUAUUAGAGUCAAUGAGACCAAUUUUGGUUC